GGGGAGGUUUGUAAUUAAAACCCACACAAAAACACCCAAACCAAUGAGCAGGUCCAGCCAUUCCCGGCCACACUGUUUCCUGGGUUUCGACCAGUUCGGCUUCGCUGUGUUUCGCAGAUCUUCUGACAGGUGGAAACAGGAGCAUCGCAGCCACGACUACAGUUACCCAAGGAUAAGUGCUUCAAAAAUAGAAGCAUGGAAAGAACUACUUUGCAACUGGGAUGAAGCUAGUACAUCUUGCACAAAUAAGAUUCGUGUUCUCCUGGAAGAAGGUGUCCCUCUCCAACUGCGCUGCUUUGUGUGGAAAUGUUUACUGGGCAGUGACCUGUGUAAAGAAACCAAUGCCAUGACUUAUCAGGACUAUGUGUACGAGAUUCGCAAUCAGCUGGAUGAUCUCGGUGUGAACGGGUAUGGAGUCCGUCAGGCUAUUUCUGCACUGUGUAAUGCUGACUAUCAGAGAGGGAAAACACAAAGCAGAGUUCAACUCCAUCUACAGAAUCUGGAGUCUGACCAAAACCCAAAGGUUCACAUUGACGUCUUGAGACAGAUUGUUCUGGAUGUUGAAAGAUCCUUUCCCACUCACUGCUCUCUGAUGGGUGAAAAUCCUGAAGCUAAAGAGGGACAAGCAAAGCUUUUCAGGAUCCUGUCAGCAUAUGCCAAGCACAAUCCCCAAAUCGGCUACUGCCAAGGGAUGUCCUACAUAGCUGCCAUGCUGCUAAUCAACAUGCCAGAAGAGGAUGCUUUUUGGGCUCUGGUGGUCCUGCUGGAGAAGCCGAAGUAUCUUGCUGGAUUUUAUGAACACUCUCUGGAUACAAUUCAGAGGCACGCCAAGAUCUUUCAACAACUGCUCAAGCAUCGUAUGCCUAAACUCUGGCAGCACAUGGAACAUUUGGAGGUGGCACCAUUGCUGUUUAUAACCACUUGGUUUCUGACACUCUUUACAUCCUUGCCUUGCUGGGAUUCAGUCCUGGCUGUGUGGGACUUCAUCAUUCUCGAUGGUAUUAUUGUAAUAUACAACACUGGGCUGUGUAUCCUGAAGUUGUUGGAGCCCAGGCUACUGGUUAUGGCAGAUGUAUCCCCGCUCCUUCCCACAUUACUCCGGAUCCCUAUCGACAUCUCCCGGUAUAAUGUUCUGGUGCCAGCCUUGUGGAAGAGCAAAGUGCACAAAUGGGAACUGGAUUGCAUGCAGAGUGUUGUUCUUGAAGAGGAGGAAGAACGAUUCUUUUCAGGAAAGCACAUGAGGCAAGUGUCCAACACACAGAAGGCAGCAGGAGGCAACAGGAAGAAUGCAAUGAAGGAAAAGGGAAUGCCUGGAGAGAGAUCAAUGCCAAAAGCAGUAACAGGAGCCAAACAACAGGACACAUUUAGGAAUACACUUGCCAAGAUGCUGAACACAGCACGGUGCUACCUUCAAGACUUGGGCCACUUACCCAAAAGCCCUGAACAAAACCUGUCCCCUGACAGAAGCCAGACUGCUCAUAGCUUUUCAACACAAAGUUCAUUGGCCAUCAACAGCAAAGGACAGGCAAGAAUCAGAAGAAACUCUCCGAACAGUUUUAAAGGGAUGAGAAAUAAAGCCAAACUCCAAGUAGUAAAACGGUUGAGGCGAGACACCAUUCAGUCAACCGUGGAUUUGGAUAAGGAUGUGGGAGAUAGCUGCCAAAGUUCUAAUUCUAAGCACACACAGACCAAGCCGGGGAGGAAAGAAGACAACAAAAGGGAAGUUCAACACUGUAAAUCAAUGACUCCAAGACUUCUUCAAGAUGAGACUCCACAUCCAUCGGCGAGAGUGUAUCCAGCUAAGAAUGCAAGGUGUGAACCAGCAGCUGCACGACAUGACUCACCUUCUGGUUCAUCGCCCCUUCAGGCCAGGACUACCUACCUACGGAACGCCCUGCAAGCGAGAGAGAACGCAAUGAAAAAGUUCAGGACAUUGAAGGACAAAGUAACAGAAGAACCUUUGCCAUCCCUGCAGGUGAUCCACACGGAUGCUAAUCGCUCAGGCUCUAAGCUAUAAACUUGCUAAUGUAUAAACCUCCGAAUGUAUUUUUUUAAAAAGAAGUCUCUACUUUUAAAUCUGAUCGAUUGUGAUAGUAUAUUUAAAAAAUAAACUACCUUAGAAUAAAAAAUGCACUCACUAGUACUUUAGGUAAUCAUAAUUAAUGACAUUUGAACAUUUUUAGAAAUAAAAUGUAACAAUAGCUAUGUUUAGUUUUAUUCAGUGAGAUUAUUACUAUUAUCGUAAUGCAAUAAUUAUUAUUCACUUAUUUGUAGAAACUGAUUGACCCCAAGAAUUAACUCAUUUAUUUAUAAAAGAUCCAAUGUACUAACAGAGAAUAAUUGAUGUAACUUGUUCGGAUGGUAGCAAAGGCACUGUACAACAUAUUUUUAAUUAGAAUCCUACAUGGAGAUUAAACGUGAUCAAUU